AUCAGUGUAGCCCCAGCAGUGCCACCUGCCAGUGUUUAUCAGUGCCAGCUCUCAGUGCUCAUCCAUGCUACUUGCCAGUGCCACAUCAAUGCCACAUAUCAGUGCCUACUAGUGCACAUCAAUGCCACAUAUCAGUGCCCAUCUGAGCUGCCUUUCAGUGUCACCCAUCAGUGCUAGUCAGUGCCGCCUAUCAGUGCCCAUCAGUGAUGCCUGUCAAUGCCCAUCAGUGCCACCUACCACCUAUCAAUGCCCAUCACUGCAGCCUCAUUAGCGCACAUCAGUGAAGGAGAAAAAUCACUUAUUUACAAAAUGUUAUAACAAAACUAAGAAAAAAACUUUUUUUUUUUUUUUUUAAAUUUUCAGCUGUUUUUAGUUU